UCGUCCUACAGGUGACCACCCUCGCCCGCUACCUCUUGGUGCGGCCCGAGGGUGAAAUUGCAGGGCCCGCCUUUCCAGGGGGGCCAAAGCAGCGCUGCCAGCACAUCGAGUUCGUGGGGAGGACUGCGUUGAUGCUGUCAGAGAAGAUGUCAUGGCCGUGCCCCCCGCGGCCUGCGGAGCACGGAGAGGGGAAGGAGUGGACUCAUUGGUCGCAGCUGGGCCAUGGUGUUUGCUGCUGGAGGCUUCAAAGUGAAACUUUAUGAUAUUGCACAACAACAGCUAACAAGUGCACUGGAAAACAUUCGCAAACAAAUGAAAGAGCUGGAGGAGUCGGGAUUCCUGAAAGGAGCUUUGAGUGCAGAGCAGCAGUUGGCUCUCAUUAGCAUCUGUACAGACCUGAAGGCAGCAGUAGAGGGUGCUACUUUCAUUCAGGAAUGUACUCCGGAGAACCUGGAACUGAAAAAGAAGAUUUUCGGUCAGUUAGAUCUUAUUGUUGGUGACAAUGUUAUCUUGAGCAGCUCGACCUCUUGUCUCUUACCCAGCAAAUUGUUCACUGGCCUUAAACAUGUUAAGCAGUGUAUUGUGUCACAUCCUGUAAAUCCACCUUACUUUGUGCCAUUGGUUGAAAUUGUUCCUCAUCCAGAAACAGAUCCUUCUACUACAGAGAGAACAUACGCCCUGAUGAAGAAGAUUGGUCAAUCUCCUGUCAAACUAAACAGAGAAAUUGAGGGAUUUGUUCUGAAUCGGCUCCAGUAUGCAGUGAUAAGUGAAGCCUGGAGACUUGUGGGUGAAGGACUAAUAUCUCCUACUGAUCUAGACCUUGUGAUGUCUGAUGGAUUGGGAAUGCGAUAUGCAUUUAUUGGACCUCUGGAAACCAUGCAUCUUAAUGCAGAAGGUAUUUCAAAUUAUUGCGAAAGAUACCGUGAAGGUAUGAGACUUGUUCUGAACACCUUUGGACCAGUUCCAGAAUUUUCAGGUGAAAUUGAGCAGAAAAUCAGUCAGGCGAUGUCUGAAAAAAUUCCAGUUGUUCCAAAAGUCCUGGAUGCCAGGAGAAAAUGGAGAGAUGAAUAUCUCACUGGUCUUGCCAAACUGAAAAAACAAAUGAAAUCUGACUGAUGUGCACCUUGUCUAACAGGAGAGACCAAAUGAAGAGCAGAUCUUCAUAAGAAGUGGAAAUUUUUGGUCAUGCAGAAGAGGAGACUGAAUGUGCAACCAAUGAUAUGCACAAAUGUAGAGACCAAUGAAACAUUUGGUCUAAAUUUGUCAUGAUGUAAUUAAUGAAUAACUGGAAACAGUUAUUAAAAAGUUCAGUUAAAAUUUAUCAAAUUACUAUAUAUACCCAUUAGAUGUGUAAGCAUUAAGUAGCUUUAGCAAUAUUAAUAUUGUGCAAUGCUGGAACACAAUCAUGUUUUAAAUAAUACAUUUUUCAGCUUGCUUAGGAAUUCAGCACUUGAACAAUAUUUGCUUAUGCAGGGAUCUGAAAUAGGCAAACAUCAGCUGCUUGUCACUGGAGAAAAUAAGCCCUCACCCGCCAAUCACUGUGACAGCGAGGUUAAUUUGUAAAGCACUGACUGUAGAUAGGAGAAGGUUAUAUUGAGCAAAGAGUAGAUUCACUGGGCAGUGAGCUGAGACCUCAGCAGCAGUAAGGGUCACUUCAACUUACAUCAGUAACUGUUCCACAAUGUAGGGGAAAGAGUUACUCCUUUCCCUCUGGCACUUCUGUACCUGUAUGAUGAUCUAAAUGUGAGUAAAUAAAGGAGAAUUCCCCCCUCAUCCCCUACCCCUGGUUCUGUAAGACUUACCAGAGACCUACUCGGUCUUUAAGACCAUGCACUUCAUACCCCAUGGCUUUUCCCCCAGCUUAAGUCAGAUGUUUGAUGCUGGCCAUUGGCAUUGCUGCAUAAAUAUGUGCCCCAUUUUAAGACUUGUCUAUGAGAAAUAAGAGAUUUUGAUUUAAUAGCUAGUUUGGGAGACAGUACGGUGUAGUGGAUCAGCCUGGACUUUCUCCCAGGCUACUCCAUGACCGUCUGAGUGAUCUUGGGAAGCCAGUUCACCUCUCUGUUGCGAUGUCUAUUUUGUACAUUAUCUGAAGCAAGGACUGCUUCUUUAGGACUCAGCUGUAGCAAAUGUAACAGCUGUAGCUGAAGGGACACCAGACAGCCGCUAUUUUGCUCCCCCACACAGGGAAAGAUGCAGUGAUUUAGAUGUAGCAUUUAUGCUUCACUGCUGCCCUUUCUACAGGAGACACAUCAUGUCCUCUGCAUACAAGGACGCAGUAUACACCUGGAAGUAGUAAUAUCCUCAGUUGCUGCAGUGGCAUGUUUCGGUCUACAGCAGACAAAGUAGUAUUAUGAAUGUAUGUACCCUGUAAUAUAGUUGGACUUUGAUCUUAGCUGGAACUUUGGAGCAUUAUUGUUACGCAGAUAGUAAGAAUAACUUGAAACAGUGCAUUGCACCCACCCUGCUUGAGUUAAGCAUUUCUGAAUUUGUGCUAACUGGUCAUGUAACUUCAGUCUCAGCACAGAUGCAGAAGUUUUAAGCUGCCAUUUUGCUAAUGCUCUUGUUUUUCACAGAGGGUGCAGCACUCAAACAGGUUGCUGAAACUGAAUUAGUUACCGUUUUGAGCUGAACAGCAGAAAUGUCUGCAUGAACAUACCAAUACUACUUAUUUCUGCUUCGGUCACAGUAAAAGAGACCUAAGAUAAAUUGUGUCGCUUGACACUAGUGGGGGGCCAAGAACACAUCUCUGGAUGUGAAACAUGGGAUGGGAGGCAUAACGCAGAGGUUGUCCUGUGCUCCUUUGUAAUCAGUGGAGAAAAAGAAAAAUUUGUAAGCUCAAUUUAUUUUAUCCCAAUAUAGACCUAAAAUUGUCCGUUUCUUCUGUUGCUUUUUAUUGCCACAAUGACUGGCUCAACCUGCAUUUAGACAUCGGAAGUUGAAGAGGUCAGUCCGCACUCCUGAUGCCUUAUUAAGCAAUAGGAAAUUAAUUAUGGGGCUGAUUUCCUCAUUUUAUGUAUGUUUUUGUAUUUCAGACAAGGCCAUAGAAGGAUCAAGUUACUUUCAGGAUUAGACCUGUUUUGCUAUGAGCAUAUGACAUUUUCAUAACUAAGUAGCUCACAUUGCUUCUGUUUAUUCUGAGACAUUUUAGAACUCGAUCAUGUCAUCAAGUAUUUCUCUCCACCUUUAUUAUUUGCUUAUGAAUAAAAUAUUUUAAUGAGGAAGGUA